ACUAUAACGGGCAUGUCCUGUAUACUGAGAGGUGGAGCAACACUGAGAGAGCAGAGCUUCUACGUCACAUUUCCUAUUUCCUCAGAUGAAAGAAAUUCUCCGAUACUGCAGUACUGCUAAGGAGCCAAAUCUCUGUUUCUCUCUGAAGAAAGAUUACACUGAAUCCAUCAGGUUACUUCAACAAAACAGCGGAAUUUCUGCCAAUAGCUGUAGGAUCCCUUUCCUGCUGCUGGUAGAAAUCAGAGGAUAAAGUGAAUCUGAGUCCAUUGUUGUGACCUUCCUCUUCUACAGAAACAACUUCUUCCUGCACAAAAUGUUCUGAAACUAAACAUUUAAACAGAUCAAACUGAGUGAUGGACUCUAAAGCCAACAAGACGAUGGAGGUGGCGGCACUCGGCCGGCCUUUUGGCCUCGGGAUGUUGUACGACUGCCGCGAAGACUCACUCGUCCCCGGAUUUAAACUGUGGGAUCAUGAUGACCUGAUGAGUCAUAUUGGAGAAAGACCACAGAAAUCCAAUAAGUUUGAGAUAGUUGCAUCUGAAUCAAUUGAAGAUAAAACUUCGGCUCUAAAUGUAAAAGCAUCGCUGAAGGCAAGUUUUUUAGGUGGACUGGUAGAGGUUGGGGGAUCGGCCGAGUACCUGAAUGACAGUAAGACUUCCAAAAAUCAGGCCAGAGUAACUCUGAAAUACAAAGCUACCACAAAGGUCAAGGAACUGUCGAUGAAUCAUCUUGGAAGAGACAAAGUGAAACAUCCGUAUGUCUUUGAUCAAGGGUUAGCAACACAUGUAGUCACAGCUAUUCUUUAUGGGGCACAAGCCUUCUUUGUCUUUGACCGGGAGGUGUCUGAGAAGGAAGAUCAUCAAGACAUUCAGGGCAACUUGAAGGUGAUGGUCAACAAGAUACCCAGCAUUACAAUAGAGGGUGAAGGUUCCUUAAAAAUGGAAGACAAGGACAAAGAACAUGUUGACAAAUUCUCCUGCAGAUUCAUUGGAGACUUUUCCCUUCAGAAACCUCCUACAACCUUUCAGGAUGCAGUAGAAGUCUACCAAAGCCUCCCAAAAUUGUUGGGAGCCAACGGAGAAAACGCCGUACCAAUGAAGGUCUGGCUGUUGCCCCUGACAAGUUUAGAUUCUAAUGCUGCCAAACUUGUCCGUCAGAUAAGUAUAAGACUAGUUCAAGAGUCACAGAGUGUCCUGGAGGAUGUCGGUGAGGUGGAAAUGAGGUGCAAUGAUGCACUGAGGACCACCACUGCACAGCAGUUCCCACAGAUCGGCAAAAAGAUUAAAACAUUUAGAGAAAUGUGCUGUGAGUUCAAGCUGGGAUUCCAACGAAUCUUUGCAAAGAAACUACCGUCAAUCCGAGGAGGAGGAGAAGAGGAGGCUGGGCUCGCAGAGAUCCUGAAGAAGAGACAUUCUUCUCCUUUCAACAGCAAAAACCUGCACGAGUGGAUGGACUGUAGAGAGAGAGAAAUCUGCAUGUUAAAGUCUUUCACCAACAUGAUGACCAACACCAAGAUUGUCCCUUCUCAAAAUGGUCUUGAUGAGGAAAGUCUCAGUGCUAAACACGCUGUGUGCUUUGUCUUCACCUCAUUGGGAAGUGAUGAACCGUACCUCUCAGCUUUAUCAAACUACCUAGAACAAACCAACGACCCUCAGGAUACACAUACCCAAGAUGUAGAGAAGGAGCAAUGGUACGCCUCAAGUGAAGUGGUACAAGAAAUGAGGCAUAAAGCAAAGCUCUUCAGUGACUUUGCAGAGGCCAACAAGGAGAACAAGACCAUUAAGUUCCUGACAGUAGGUUCAACAAAUGAGACACACAAAGGUUCAAGCAUCUACCUUUAUGAAGAUGGCUUUCCUGUCAGUGAGGACUUUGAGCCGCCAUCAAAGCCUGAAACAGUUGCAGUAAGUGAUAUAAACCACAACAGUGUGACGCUGAAGAUCUCUCCACCCAGAUUUGGAGCAGAGGACAUCACCUCCUACUCUGUGGAGUACUGUGUCAGUGGAGAGGAUGGAUGGAAACAGAAGACAGCAUCAAAAGCUGAAGAAGUCACAGUGAACGAUCUGAGUCCUAACACAGAGUAUAUGUUCAGAUGUAGAGCAGUGACCUCAGUAGGUGUUGGACCAGAUAAUGAGGUCCCUGGUUCCAUUAAAACUUUACCUUGCGGCCCUCCUGGAAAACCUCAAGUUGAACCAAACUCAAGAGAGAUCUCAGUUAGCUGGGAGAAACCUGCUGGGCUUGGACAAGAUGUCCACAUUUUGAGCUACAUCGUGGCGUACGCCAAAACAGACGAUGGGAUGAAAGAGGAAGAUCUCCAAUGGAAGGAAAUGAUGGCAGGAACUGAAAAGGCGAUCAUAUCAGGGCUUCAGUCAGAGACAGAAUAUGUUGUCAGGGUCAGAUGUGAUUGGGGUGAAGCUGGCAGAAGCAAAGAAAGCAUCUCUGUUAAUGUCCGCACAACAAAGUUCACGCUAACAGAAUCCCUCAAAAGUACAAGCGAAAAGAUGAAUUCUGAUUCACCCUCAGUUUACAAACUGACUCUGACAGAAGAAGACAUGAACAUCGGUGGAUGCCGAAGAUUCAGUUUUGGCAAAGAAAGCACAAGGCAGAAUCGCACUAUAAUGCUUUUUGGGGUGACCAGAUCAGGAAAGUCCACUCUGAUCAAUGCAAUGAUCAACUACAUAGUUGGUGUAGAGUGGAAGGACACUUUCAGAUUCAGAUUAGUUGACAAAGAUCAGUCGAGAUCACAAGCUGAAGGUCAGACCUCUGAAGUCACUGUGUACAAAAUCAACCACCAGGAGGGUUUUAAAAUCAACUACUCACUGACCGUUGUUGACACUCCAGGCUUUGGAGAUACAGGAGGUAUAGAAAGAGACGAGAAGAUCAUCAAACAUCUGCGCAAUCUCUUCUCAGCUGAGAGCUUCAGUGAAAUUGACGCUGUGUGUUUCGUAGCUCCGUCUGCUUUAGCCCAACUCACACCAUCACAGAAAUGUUGGUGUAAGUCUGUGUUCUCAAUCUUUGGUAAAGAUGUGGCUGAAAACAUCCGGGUUCUGGUGACAUCUGCUGGUGGACAUCAACCACCAGUUCUAGAGGCCAUCAAUGCUUCACGUGUCCCAUGUCCUAAGACCAAAGACGGGCUUCCAGUUCACUUCAAAUUCAAUAACUCAGCGUUGUUUACAGAAAACAAAUCAUCUGUAGCAGAAGGCAUGAGUGAGCAUGAUGAAGAUGGAGAUGGAGGCUUUGAUCAGAUGUGUUGGAACAUGGGAACAAAAAGCAUGAAGAGGUUCUUUGUUGGUUUAAAUAUCAUAGAAACCAAAAGCUUAAAAAUGACAAAAAACGUUCUUAGAGAAAGAAAGCAGGAUGAGAAGUUUUUUGAAGAAGAGUUUGACAAUUUGAAGAAACAGGUUUUAAUGAUCAUAACUGAAAGUAGUGUGAGGGGCAUGGGCAAGGAGUUGUACACACUGAUAGAGAAUUCAAGGAUGUUUUUCAACAAACAUAAAGAAAAAACACUGAAGCCAGAUCCUCUCUCCCCUAGAGACUACAUCAACAUGCUUAUUGUGGGAGAGAAAUCUGAGGCCAGGCCAGGCUGGGAGAAACGAGUCCAGACCCUGGAAGCCAUAAAAAAAGAUUUAUUUAGAUAUUUGGGGACCCGCCGUAGAGCGGGCGCAUGCCAAUCCGAAGGAUGGUGAUUCAAUCCCUGGCCCUGCAGUCCCAUGUUGAAGUGUCCUUGGGCAAGACACUGAACCUGGAGUUGCCCCCGAUGCUGCUCCAUCGGUGUGUAGAUGUGUGUGAGUGUGUAUUUGAUGAGCAGGUGGCUCCUUGUACAGCAGCAUCAGAUUAUGAACGGUUCCUGUUCUAUGUGAAAGAGCUUUGAGAAGUGGUUAAGACUAGAAACAGCUCUUCAUAAGAACAGUCCAUCUCCAUCUCCAUCCCUGUCUGAUAUCAUGACAAUGGUUGCAUCAGACCGUAACGAGACCUGAACAGAUAACCACCAAGACAACGAAGAGAUCCAUUCUGACAGAUAAUCAAG